AUGGAUAGAUUUAUGAAAUAUGAGAUAAAAAUUUAUUUGUUUGAGAAAUAUUUAAUUAGCGGUAUACAAAGAGCAUGUGCUUUGGUUCAUGGUAGAGCAGUUUGUGCAUUGUUUAAGGUAGGAUGGUCAGGAACACCAAAUGAUCUUACUAUUCGUAACCGUUUGAAACUCAAUGACCCACUCGAUAAACAAUCACUUUCAACAAAAGAGUCAUUUGUAGUAGAUGAACGCGAGGGAAUUAUUGUAAGAUCAUUGUCAUCACCACCAUAA